CGGUUCAACAGAUGUCGUUUCAUGCUUUAUUCUUCAUCCUUAAUAGAUGAACGUUCGUGCUGCUUUUCUACCACUUUGUGACUACUUCGAAAUGUUAAUGAUGUGUUAUCCUAUUUCAUUCUAGGAUUAUAAGGUGUUUGAAGAAUUGGGGAAAGGUGGAUUUGCAACAGUUUACAAAGCAAUUCGUAAAAUGGAUAAUUUAGAAGUUGCUUGUAAAAUGAUUGAUCGUAAAAAAAUUCAAAAAUCAAGUUUACAACAUCGAACACAAACACGUUGUAUAAUGCAGGAACGUUUGAAAAGUGAAAUAGAAAUUCAUUCAAGAUUAAAACAUCCACAUAUUGUUGAUUUACUUAAUUAUUUUGAAGAUGAAAAUUAUGUGUAUUUAAUAUUAGAAUUAUGUCAUAAAGGAGAUUUAGAAAAAUAUUUAAAAACAAAAAAGGUUCUCACUGAAAAUGAAAAAAUUUAUACAAUUUUCUUUUUUCCAGCUCGAGUCUACGUUAAACAAGUAAUUGAAGGUUUACAAUAUUUACAUGGACAUGGAAUAUUACAUCGAGAUAUUAAAUUACAAAAUUUAUUAUUAACAGAAAAUUAUGACAUUAAAAUAGCCGAUUUUGGUUUAGCUAAAAAAGUGGAAACACGAGAUGAAAAAAAUCAUACCAUGUGUGGAACACCAAAUUUUUUAUCACCUGAAAUAGCUAUGAGAACUGCACAUAGUUUUGAAACUGAUGUCUGGUCAUUAGGAAUAUUAAUUUCUACAUUGCUUACUGGUCGACCACCAUUUGAUACUGAAAAUAUUUUAUCUACGUUAAGUCGUGUAGCUAAAGUUGAUUAUGAAUUACCAUCGAGUUUAAGUGAAGAAGCACAAGAUUUAAUUAAUAAUAUUUUGCAAAAACAACCAGAAAAUAGAUUAACACUUUCACAAGUCAAAGAACAUCCAUUUUUUUCAAAAGAUUAUUCCAGACAUUCAUCAUCCUAUGAAAGAAGUUACGAAAAAUUAUUUUCAACUAUGGGUCCAGAUGCCUCUGUUGACAGCGGUUUAGGAGCAUCAUCUGUAAGAUCUGGUUAUUCACGACCGCACAGUCACCAUCCACCAUCAUCGUAUGAUAGAAAUUAUGCAGCUGCACGUUAUACAUCAAAUCCAAUAUCACCACCAUCAUCUCAACAAUCUUCCUAUUUAAGUCGAUCAAAAACUCCUCAUGAUUUGCUCAACAAUAUUUAUCCGACAACUUCCACACCACUCAUGUCUUCAUCUUCAAAUAAUAUGUAUCAAAACUCAAUUACACCAUCACAACCGCUUAGAGCCGGACGAAGUCCAUCGUUGGAUAUUCGGCGCAAUGAUGGUGAAUGGACAACAACGAGUAAUAAUAACACAACAAAUGAUAUGACUCGUCCUGAUAGUGCUUCAUCUUCACUCGUCUCUCGUGAUAGUGGUUUACCUCGUUCUGAUUUAAAAUCUUCACGUGAUUAUAGUGCAAAAUCGAGUGGAGCUGAUUCAUCAAAAUAUUCAUCAUCUUAUCGAAAUGGUCUUGCAUCAUCCAGUCUCUCUUCGGUAUCAUGUGCGCAAAGUAUGCGAUCAUCAAGAAAUAAUGUUGCUUCCGAUGAGCAACAACAACAACAACAAACCACCAUGUCAGAAGCGUUAAGAAGAACAGCAACAGUCAAUUUAGAUGAUUCAUGUGAACAUCACAAUAUUCAUGAAAUUUUACAACAGUUGAGUACACAAAGAUUAAGACCAUUAAGACAAGCAACGAGAUCCGUUAUUAUGAGUAUAUUGGAAAAUGGCGAAGUUGUUCUUGAGUCAACCCGAACAAAAGGAACAAAAAAACGUGUUAUUGAUGUAUUUAGAAUAUCAUUAGAUGGAAAUAAGACUAUCGAUUGCGCGAUGGUCAAUUUAACAGGCAAUGUAGAAAGUCAAAAAGACGAAAGCUAUGUUCCUAACAGUCGUCAUGGUUCUCCGAUUGGUGAUCAUCCACCUCCGUUACCGAAAGAUAAAGGUGCUUAUCUUGAAUAUGAGUUUGAUAAUUUACCAUCGGCUUAUUGGAAAAAAUAUCAAUAUGCACUCAAAUUUGUUAAUCUUGUUCGAUCUCGUACUCAUAAGGUUGUUUUACAUACACCAGAAGCAAAAUGUGUGCUCAUGGAAACAGCCAUUGAUUUUGAGGUGAGUUUUGUAUGUGGCGUCAAAAUAAUGAUUUAUCGUGAUGGUUUUAAACUGGAUGAUCCGCUUAAAAUCAAAUUAUCGAACGGAAUAGAUGGAUCGACGACCAUACUUGAUUAUGAACGGGCUACAACGCCAAAUUCAUCUGGCAUUGGACAUUUUGCUCCAGAACUACAAAAUAUGUUAGAAAGUUCAUUCAAAUUUUAUAAUUAUUGUUUAUCAAAAGAGCGUUUAUUAGAAGAGGAUCAGCGUCUGUAUCCUCAGAUCCAAACAUUUCCAGUUAUUUUUGGAAAAAGAUCAAAUACAUCCCAUGACAAUAGACCGGCUUCAGCGUGCUCAAUCGGCCGUUCUCUCUCUCAACAAUUUGGUUCCUCAUCGACUGUUAAUGAACUCGGUUUACCUUUAACAUCAAAUAAUGGUGGAGGUGGUGGGACCAGCGGGGUCUCAAACACUUCUUCUAGUCCUACACUUCACUCAUCUGGUCACACACUACCCAUUCGUCGUACAUUUGCAAGUGAUUCGGAUAUUAGACGAUCACAAAAUAUGUCAGUUUCAUCUUCGAAUCAAAUUCUAAAUAGUAAUUAUCCAUCUGCAUCUAUUCAAAAUACAUCAGGGACACGAACGACACAUGCCCUUCUUUAUCAGCCACCAUAUUCAACGGCGGCAACAGAUCAACAAACAGCUUUAAAAUCGUAUAAUUAUCGAGCUAUACCUCUGCAACAACAUCAACAAUAUUCCGUUACUCAACUCCCAUCCUCGUCUUCUUCGUCUUCACUCUCACGACUAGGUAAUUCAAAUUCAAACGGAAUUUUUUCUUCGACAACAUCCUUCAAUUCUACUGCAAGUAGUUCAACAGCAACAACCACAGCUAUUCCAUUUAAGAAAAAUGUUCAAGGUGUCGGUUCUAUUUGUCAACAACACAAUGGUGAUGUAGAAAUUCAAUUUGUCGAUGGUAGUCUAAUGAGAUUAACUGUAAAUUUGGAUGAAGAACAAGUGUAUACGGAUUCAAAUGGAAAACGUUACUAUUUUGAUCGUUUUGGACAACAAGAAAUCCCGGAUGUUGUUAAACAAAAAUUAUUUUUGAUACAAAAAUAUAAAUUAUUUGAGUCAUUAACACUGAAUAAUAAUAUUAAUAAUCAAAAAUGA